GUGUCCCAGACAGGUUUUGUCAACUGCCAGACCUUACGUAGUGUUCUUUGCCCCGAAGAAGAAAUGAUUCCUCAGAACCUUGAACCUUGUAUGACCACUUUUGAUCCGGCUAAACUUUUUAAAUAAACGGGAUUUUUUUAAGUUUUUUUUCAUAAUUUACGGCGAUAAUUUAUGAUACAGGACUUGAUAUGGAUGAAGAUAGCAUAGUCAGUGAUGCUGAUUAUCAAACUUUGAAUCUUUCUUCAGAAGAUGUAGCUGUUGUUGUUCCUGGAGGGGACUUUCACAAGGUUUAUCUCAAGCCAACACAAACAGCAGCAAUCAAAAAGAAAUAUUCAAAAGGACCUAGAAGACCCCAACCAAAGAAAGAGCUGUACUUAAAACUGGAUGAAAUCUUGUUUGAUGCUCUUCGUCAAGAGUUUGAAGUGUGUCCAGGUUACACUAUUGAUCGACUCUAUAUGGUGAAGUUCUUAACAAGUGUUGUCCAACGACAUUUAAGUGACUUUCCAGAUCUUGACAACCUUUUGAAUCUUCGAGACACUGUGUUGACUGGUCGCAUCAAAAAGGUUUUUCCAGAGGUAGAGUAUAAGAGAAGACAGGUCAAAGAGGAUCAGUAUAGAAAGGCGUGGUUGUAUGUAAAUAUCAGAAGGAAACCUUCCAGAACCACUCAUCACGAUGAAGUUAAAAUUGAAAGUGUAAGCACCACUAGCACAUGGACACCACCUGUUGCGUCUGGAAAUGUAUCACGGAAGCGAGCGUCACCUGCACCACACUCCCCAUCAUCAGCAGGUGCCGGCCAUCACCAAAGCUCACCCGCUUACACAAGUGCCACAUUGGAGCGCUGUAGCCCCAAUACGAUGGUUGUAGACAGCAGCGGUGUAGGACUAUACGGUGGCGAGUCUCCUGGGUGUGAUAGUGGUUCUGAUGGUAUGGCAUUAGAUGUGAGCACUCAUUUCAACGUCGAAUGUGAAGGGAGUGAGAGAUCAGCUUUAGUUAUGGACAGCUCCAAUUUGCAGGAAUGGGUGGUUUCAAGCUACGUGCAGGACAGUUCAUGGUAUGUUCCCGUUCAAGAUGUGGUAAAAGCAUUCAAAAAAGAUUUUAAUGUGGACAUUACGUACAAAGAAUGCCACCAGCUAGUCCUGUCCGCUUACGCCAGUCCUAGAAACCGACUGAUCCCCAAGAAGAACGUACGAGUGUCUUCCAUUGGGCAGCAGUAUGUGUACAGGGGAAUAAGACCUAUCAAUAAAGGUUCUGGGUCUUCUGAGAAAUCUCAGGCUAGAAACGAAAUAGAGUUCGCUCGAACCUUUCAAGGGGAGGAUUCCUGCGAAGAGCCCGAGGAAGACUGGAAGCAAAGGAUGAAGGAAUUGACUGAUGAGCGCGACCAAGCAUUAAAGGAACGGAAUCAGGCUCUCUCGGCCCUAAUGGAACUAGAAAAAGAACAUGCCGAGGCAUUGGGGACAAUAGAGAGAAUGAGGAAAGAAAAAACCAGAAGUAGCGUGGCCGAAAACUCUUUAAGGACGAAGAGGGAAACGGUAGUCAAUAGCGUAGAACUCAGCGCGAAUCACUGCAAAGAAUCGUUGCUUGAAAAGUUGUGGGGAAGAUUAGAAGGACCAAAAAGCGAUUUUGUGACAGAAAAGAAAAUGGAAUAUGAUCGAGAUAAUUCUGAUUAUUCACUCUUGAAGGAGAUUGUCACGCAAGCGAAUGAAGAGCGUGACAAUUUACUGAAAAGGUUAAGGGUGGUUAAAACUGAAAGGAACUCGUAUUUGGAGCGCAUUCACUUGUUGGAGAAAGAAAACCAACGACUGCGUGACGCUGUAGAUUUUCAGCACACCGAUGUGUCACAGCACCGGCUGUUAGAUGACAUUUCACGACAUUUGCAAACUAGCUGUCACGGUGAAAAUGGCCCGAAAGAAGCGUUGAGUUCUGUUCUGGCUCAUUUAAAGUCAAAGCGGAAACAAGUGACUCCGUCACGGUUAAACAAGUCUCCAAGACUUGAUCAUGGCAGUGGUAGAAAUAGCAGCGAGGAUCCAGCUACUCACCCAGUUACUUACACCUUGUCUUCAGAGAUACGAGACAAUGGAACAGCUUUUUCAGGGGACUUAGGCGCCUCAAACGAUGAAUUUCUGAAAGAGAGAUCUGAGGGAUUAGUAAAUGGCAAUGUCGACAACAAAGAAAGUAACGCAAGCACUAAACAACCGGAUAUUGAGCAAGAUUUUCUCGUUUUUUCAUCAGGUAGUGAAAUGGUCGAGUUCUCACGACAUCCUCUGGAGGACUAAGUUCGAUACAGCAUGUGUCUUCAAUCACAGAAUGCAGUUUUUUGGGUAUGAAUCUAGCUCGCUAACUUUUACUUGGCGAAGAGAGCAUCUAUACUUAAUUUAAAAGGGUUAUCAGAACUCCUUUUUGUGCUGUACGAGUUGUGUUUAAGAACGAAGUUGCAUUUAUAUAUCGUACUCAACCGGAAUUGUACUCCACCGGAAUCGUCCUCAAUUGUACUUCAGUCGUAUCGGAGUCUUCUCAGGUCGUACAUUAGUCGUACUGGAAUUGGUCCAAGUUGUUUCACGGUCGUGUCAAGGUCGUCUACAGUCCUAUUGGAGUCAUCUUUGGUCGGUUGUGACUCGUACUAGGAUUGUCUAUAAUCGUACCUGAGCUAUUCCUGGUCUUACAUUAUUCGUGCUGGAGUCGUCCUUAGUCGUUUCGGGUUCGUCUUCAGUCGUACACGAGUUGGCCUUAAGUCGUAUAUUAGUCGUGCCUUGGUCUUACACAGUGUUACUUCUGUCGUACUGAAUUUGUAGCGGUUUGCUUGGUAGAGCUGUAGGUUUACUUCAUUUGUACACAGUCGCAUCGAGUUAUUACGUGAAAAUUCCUUAAGGUCGUGUACUUUCUGGCUGAGGAUAAAAGUCACCACCUUAGCAAGAGUUAUUCGUUUCAUGUAGAUUUUCAUACGCGCAGUCAAUCCACUGCUAAAUUUGGGCGGUUGAUUGUAGUCAUAUUAACAGCAGAGCUUUGAUGGACGUUUUAAACGAGGUAAAACCCAGAGUGCAGUCUUUACAUUAGAGGGUGCUCCGACAGCAUACCAAGUACUUCGUUUCGUAUGGAAUUUUUCCUUUUUUGUCAGCAGAACUAGAGCUUUACAGUUAAACAUAAAGAGUUCUUCCCCUUAAUUUAUUGAGUACGUAAUUUAUUUUAAACCUCGAUAACUUAUUAUGCUAUUAUGUUAUGUUAUUAGUCUUUUUUUUUUCGCAGCAGAAGAGCGGGGUACCGGUAAUGUUGUUAGACGUAGGAUAAGCGGGUAAAUCGGCAAAACAUUAGGUCUUUGUUAUUGUUGCUUUACCUUGCUUUUGUUGUUGUUGUGGUUAGAGUUGAUCAAUCUAUGUAGCAUUUGUGUUAUCGAUUUAUUGACAUCACACUUCUUUAUUCAAGCAGUAAAGGACUUCCGUGGUCACAUAGCCUCAUUUAAACACGAGAGUGGUGGUGUUGGUUGAGGGAGAGGGGGAGGGGGAGGUUGGUGAAAAUC